AUGGCAGCUAUCAUGAUCUUUGUCCGCUCUAUGUACAGUGUCGCAGAGCCACAGGCAGGAUUUGGAGGUAAGCUGGCCAACGAUGAAGUUCUCUCUGUGAUCUGUGAGAGGCCGAUGGUCAUCAUUGCCUCCGGUGCACUGACCGCUUUUCAUCCCGUGUUUUGCUUCGUAAGGGAGUGGAGGGCAUCAGGCAAGAGUCGGGACAGAAGAAAAGCAGAAAAUAUCAAAGCCAACAAGAAGGCUGGCAGGAUCAGCUUGCAACAUCUCGAUAGCAGUUUGCCUUCAAAUACCCGCAUGAUGAACUUCCAGCAUUUGGGCAGAGCGUGUGGCGAUUCUAAAUCGAUGCAGCGGCUCACCUUGGCCGUCCUCCUCAUGCUCCUCAUCAUCACUCCGAUAAGUCUUUCGUCGCUGCUAAUCCCACCCGUUGUCAUGUCCUUGGUCAUCAUCAAUCUCUUGGUACUUAUCGCGGAAAGCGUAGCACGCUGCAAAUCCUGA